CUCUUCGUCGGAAGAACCGGCCGGACGUCGUCUACUGCGAAUACCUCCAAAAUUCGGUAUUCCCAUUUUGCCCUUCUCCUUUUGUUUUUUUAUCAUCUUUCUAUCCGAAACCCUCGCGAAAUCUGCAAUGGAACCAGUUACAUCUGUUGUAGAUAAGUUCAAGGCCUUCGCGAAAUCGAGCGAGGAGUUCUUCAAGGACGUAGUACGCAGCACCACCGAAAAUCGGUGUUCUCGCAACCCGAUUGAAAUCUUAAAACGUUUGCAACGGGAAGCAUUUUCUGAUCUGAUGAAACUGAGGGACAGACAGGACAAGGUUGAGCGCAUGCUUUCCUUCUAUAAAUCUAGCAAGGGAGGCCCAUUCCAAGAAGCAAGUACACAUAUAAAAGGGGAGGUUGAUGUGGUUGGAGCUUUAUUGCUCAUGGAGAAUGUCGAUGAACAGACAUGCGACAUGCUGAUUAGAGCUGGAGUUAGGACUGGUGUCAGUUCGAAGUUCACUUUUGAGACGAUUGUCAGGCAGAAAGACGCUCUUGUAGCCGAAUUUGUGGCUAGGCACUCUAGCCAGGGUUUCCAUGGUGAUGUUUUCGGGAGCCCGCUUGCAUUGAAGAAAGUUAUGUAUUUGGCUAAUAUUAAUGAUUGGCUUUCUGCAAUUGCGAUUCCGGUUGGAGCUCAAUGCAGAGAUGUUGCAAAUGCUUCUAGUCCUUUACAGAGCCGAGGCCUUACAAACUUCUCUUCUUGGGCGCCACCUCUCAUUGAUCAAUAUCAUGGUUGUGCCGCUGGUUUGAUUGUGAAAGGAUCAAAUGUUGCGGCUUCUUUAACAGAGUUCGUUUCUUGGUUGGGGACACAACCCAAUUCGGUGGGUAUUAGGCGUUGCUUAAGCACUUUCGGGCAAUUCAUGUAUCAGCCAUGGGACGGAACCAAACUCACUCUCAUGGGUCUUCACCAAAUGCCCAUUUCACAACCUCAGCAUAUCAGAUUGGAUUCCCUCACCAUACCGAUAAGCAGUUUGAGAUUCCGCGCAGGCCCUGCCACAUCAGUGGGAGCAUCUCCGUCCUUCACCAGGAAACCAACAGACAAUAUCUCGUUAGGAUCUGUUGCUCUGAUGCUUGAGUCAGAACUUGACGAGAGUAUGAGAAUUGGGGGUUGGGUUGAAUUGCAGAAGUUGAAUCCAAGAAAUUUGCAGUGGGCUGUUUGUCUGUCUGAAUCACCUGAGGAUGAGAUGGGAUGGGGUGUGAGCACGGGCGGAAUAAUCGAACGGCCCUCUACUUUGGUCCAUUUCCAGAUGGAAGCUUUCCUGAAGUUCAGUUUCGGAAAGAGAUUCAGCUUGCAGCCAGGCAUUGUAUAUACGAUGAAUGAGAGAGCUCCUGCACUGAUGCUUCAUUCAAGUUGGUCUCUGUGAUGAUAUGUAAUAGCUAAAUGAAGGCUUGUAAAUAGCGGUGGGUGAUAAAGGAGGUGUUCCUACUGCACCAGGUCAGCCUGCUACUUAAAAAAAAGGUUGGGGCCAGACUGUUACCAAUGCUUUCCGCCAUUUCUAAAAUGGUGGCAACUUGUACAUCUUCUGUGGGGCAUAUAUCUAAGUCAUUUCAGACCAUCCAAGUUGUUGGCCCCAUUGGGUAUGGAGCGUGUUCCAAUUUCCAAAAAUACUAUGAUCAGAUGGUCUGAAAUUCUUAAUCAUCUUAUGGUGGCCUUUGAACUUGGACUGCUGACCAUUUCUUUUAGCUGUCCAUUUCAUGGCCACCAAUUGGAUGGUUCGGGUCUUUAGACAAGUUUCAUUUUGGGGUAUGCUCCAUCUGCAGUAGGGCCCAGGGAUUGGACAGUCUGCAUCAAUGCCCAUGAAUAGUGAUUGAGUCACCACCAUUUAAGAAGUGGUGGGAAGUUCACAUGGCAGUCUAGCCGUCCAUUGUUUGUGUCACUGUCAAAUCUCGAGAUGGACAUUUAUUUCUUUCCUCCAACAAUUUCAAAACCAAUGAUAAAAGCUUAAAAGGAAAAAGAAAUUGCAGAAUGAAAGAGAACUGUUACAUUAAUGUUCACCA